AUGGCUGGGGCCGCUGAGUUCCCGCCGGAGCAGGAGGAGGGAGAAGAGGAGAGCAAGGAGAAAGAGGUUGCAACGGCUGCAGAGACAGUGUCAGGUCCAGCCUCGUCCACCAGCCCCGUAGAGGAUUUCCGGGUGCGCUGCGCCUCUCAGAAAGCUGUGGCUGAAAUGCUAAAGAUGUGCGGCCGCUUCAUCCGGGAGCUGGGAGAAGUUCUGCCAGAGGAGAGUCGGGAGCUGGCGCUGAAAGACGCGCAGUGGAAUUUUGUAACUGCUGUGCAAGAGAAUGUUAGUUUCAAUGGACAGGCUUGGCAGGAAACUUCAGAUAAAGAACUUCCUGUAGAUCCCAAGAUCAGAAUUCUUGAAGAUCAGUUUGAUGAAGUUAUAGUAGAUACAGCUACAAAACGUAAGCAGUAUCCCAGAAAGAUUCUUGAAUGUGUCAUCAAAACCAUGAAAACCCAACAUGAAAUUUUGAAGCACUACCGGCCUAUUGUACACCUAGAGGAGAUCAAAUCUGAUGCCAAACAAGAAUCUUACAUGGAAACUUUGAAAUGUAGAGGAGAUACAACUACCAAGCAGAUUACUGAAGCAAUGAAGUCUUUGCCAGUGUUGAUUGAGCAAGCAGAUGGGUUCUCUAAAGUUCUAGCGAUGCAGCCUGUUCUGCAACUUCAGAGGCUUCACCAAGAAGUUUUCUCUGGCAACCGCAUGAAAGAAGCUAUAAAACCUGAGAACUUUAUAACACAAAUAGAAACCACCCCAACAGAGACUAAUGCCCAGAAAACCACUAACAUAGUACCGAAAAGGAAGAGACCUAAAGACUCCCCACAGAGAAAACAGUAUCCAUUGCUGCAAAUGAAGAUUGAUCUUGAUUCAUGAGAUGCUCCUAUUUGUCUUGGAAGUGGUAAAAGGGCUUUAUCUGUAGCAGUGAGCCUAGCUGGGACUUUAUGUAGAAUGGCAAAUAACUUCGUUUAAAAUAUAGCAGUAUAAUCAAUCAAUAAACAUGUUAUAUAUGUUAUAUAGUGUAUAUAUUUCUUAAUUUACCAUUUCAUCUGCAAUAAGAUGAAAAACUUGUUUCAGUUGGGGUAUGAUGGUCAUCAGUAGGCAAUGAUGGUGCAAAUGUUCCAUAUUCUCAGGUUCCAUCACGUUUUUGCUGCUGUCAUGGUCACUUUCUUGGAAUUUCAUGGUUGAGGUAAACUAUUAGGCUUCCAUGAAUUAUAUCUUUUUAUAAAGAUGACCUAACAAUAAUUUACUUGUUUUAACCUAUUGAAAAGGAAUCCCCAGUUCUGCUCAAUAUAUGUAAUUUUGAUUUUACAAAUUAAUGUCCAUAUGGGAAAAUGGUAUUUAUAGUGUUGCUCCUAUUCCACUUAGUUUGGACUUAAUUGAUCCAUAUUUUUGUGUAAUGCUAUUUAUGUUUAUUGUUAUUAUUGUUAUUCUCAUAUGCUUAUUCAGACAGUGUUCUUAUAAAUAAAAGAAGACUCUAGUGCUUUACUUUGCUCUAUGUAUAUUUUUAUAUUUCAUAAAACUCUUAGUCUUGAAAUAGUAUUUGACUGUGGACUAGUAUUUUCAGAUUUUUCUUUGACAGUGCAUGCAAUGUUAUUUUUUAUUUUUAUUUUUUGUCUUUUGUUUUUACACAGAUACAAUUUUCAGUAAUCAUUUUCUGACGUUUUGGGAAUCCUUAUUCUCCUCCACAAUAGCAUGUAAUAUGAUUUAGGUUAUACGUGUGCUAUCAUGCAAUAUAUUUCCAUGUUCAUUAUAUUGCAAAAGAAGACACAUAUUGCUUCUACAAGGAAAAAGUCAUGAAGGAAAUGAAUUGGAAAAUGGUAUUCUUUGACCUGGAUUUCUACUCCAUUGGUUUGUUCUCUGGUUAUGGAUAACCUUUUUUAUCAUGAGUCUUCUUGGAGUUGCCUUGGAUCCUUGUGUUGCUGAUAAUAAUUAAGUCAUUCACAGCUGAUCAUCAUACAUUAUUGUUGUUACUGUGUACAGUGUUCUCCUAGUACUGCUCACUUUACUUUGUAUCACUUCGUGUAAGUCUGUCCAAGUUUUUUUUUUUUUUAAUGAUCAUUCUAUUCAUUUCUUAUGGCACAGUAGUAUUUCAUUAUAAUUAUACCCCACAACUUCUUUAGCCAUUCCCCAAUUGUUGAACAUCAUUUCAGUUUUCAAUUCUUUGCCAACACUAAAAGAACUGCUAUAAAUAUUUUUAUACAGGUAGGUCCUUUUCCCUUUUAUUUGAUCUCUUUAGGACAUAGAUCUAGUAGUGGUAUUGCUGGGUCAAAAGAUAUGCCUGGUUUUAUGGCUCUUUGGGCAUGUUUGUAAAUUGCUUUCUCGGAUGGUUGUGUCAGUUCACAGCUUCACCAGUAGUGUAAUAUCUUAGUUUUCCCACAUCGCCUCCAAUAUUUAUCAUUUUCCAUUUUUGGUCAUAUUAACUAGUCUGAUAGAUGUGAGGUAGUAUAUCAGAGUUGUUUUAGUUCGCAUUUCUGUAAUUAAUAGUGAUUUGGAGCAUUUUUUUCAUAUUACUAAAGAUAUUUUUAAUAUAUCUGAGAACUACCUGUUCAUAUCCUUUGACUGACAUUUGGGCCUAUCUUCAUAUUUUGUAUUUGUAUUUAGUUUCAGUUCAGUUAUUUGUGUCAGGUUAAUACUUUGACAAAUAAUUUUGAAAUAUUGUAGAGAAAAUGAAUGUGUAAUCAUACUGAUCUAUUUUUGUUGAAAAACCUUAAUUUAAUAAAUGAAUAGUCAUUGAUUGCCAAGAAAA